AUGAAGAAGUGGACUGGAGACGACGAGUACCUGUGGUCGUUCACCAAGGGCUUCUCGGAGAUGCCUUCGCCGGCGCAGCUCAAGGCUAGCCUCGCAGAGCAGCUGUCCGUAGAGCAACUCCGGGCCGAGUUUCGGAGAUAUAUCGAGACUAAGGUGGCCCAAGAGCUGGUGGACUUUUACCUCGACUCGCUAGACAGGGAGGAGAUCAAGGAAUACUUCACCAGACAGGCGGUAACGAUGCGUAUCGUGGCGCAGUAUAUCAGAGAAGGGGCCCCUGACCAGGUAAACAUUUCGGGGGAGUGCCGGGAGGAGAUUUUGUCGACGGACGUGACGGCGUACGACAUCUUCGACCGCGCUAGAGUUGAGGUUCUGACCGUUAUGGAGACCAACUUCCAGAGGGAGUUCGUAGAGACGGAGGGGUUCCGCCGAAUCGUCGAUGCGGCCGAGCUGGAGCAGCGAGAGAACCGCCUUCUGCGGGCAGGGGGCUUCUUGCCGCCGGACGCCCCGCCUUCACCCUGCGUGUGA